AUGGCCUUCUCUCCUCCCAAACCAUUAUAUCAAGGAGACAAGUGCCAUCUAAGCUGCAGGGGACUUUCGAAUAUUCCAGCAGAUGUUUGUAAACACUUUGAAUUGAGACAACUCGAUUUACAACAUAACAACCUACAAAAAUUACCAUCACAACUGGCAGAUUUGAAGUUAUCUAACUUGGAUAUAUCAAGCAAUAAAUUCAAAGUCUUGCCGCCUGUUAUAUGUAAACUCAUGAAGCUAAGAUAUUUGUAUAGCAAUUCUAAUCAGUUGAAGAAACUACCCAUGGAAUUGAAAGAGCUGAAACUUCUUGAGGUGUUGAGGUUGCUGGGAAAUGAGAUAGAUCAUUUCCCACCAGUUAUCCCAUUGAUGACUUCUCUUGUCGAGCUCAAUCUGAGUGGGAACUCUUUACAUAGCAUCCCUAAAGGAAUCUCUUCUCUAAAACGUCUGACAGAGCUUGAUCUUGGGUACAACAAGCUGGAUUCACUACCGGACGAGUUAUGCAAGCUGACAAACCUGAAAACUCUCUACGUUCAGGGUAAUAACCUCGCCUCCCUCCCUAGUGAAAUCAAUGGCUUGAGGAAACUGCGCAACUUGUUGUUAACUGACAACAAACUCAGGGAAUUGCCAGCAUCUUUGGUGGAGGUCACCUCUCUGAGGAUAGUGAGUGUCACAAAUAAUCAUUUGGAGUGUUUUCCAGAACUAUUCUUCACCAAACUGAAAAGGCUGAAAACAUUCAAUUGCGAAGGGAAUAACUUGAAGCAUCCCCCGAGGAGAGUGGUAGAAGGUGGUCUGAAAGAACUUAGAAAAUAUGACCAGCAACAAGCUAAAGGUUAUAUGGUAGCUGAUAAUACAACAGAAGUUCAACUUGGAGAAAAACGGACUCGGUGCGAUGGUGAUGAUGAAAAUGUAACUACAAAGUAUGUGAAGACUAAAUAG